AUGACGGACGCGGACGAUGCAUUUAGCGCCGUUGAUGACCAUUUUCAUGACAGAUUUCUGUACACACAAGAAACUUCAGAAGUGGUGAUAAAAAAAACCUAUAGUUGGAUGGAAGAAUCACCAAUGAAAAAUGAACAGAAUAACGCAUCUGUUGGACAAAUUAGAGAGAUUAGAGUAGAUAUGAAGAAUGUGGAAUUUUCAGGAUACGGGCUGCAGUUCACACCACAGCAACCGAUAGCCGAGGCAGUUGAAAUCACCAAACCUCACAGCGUCAAAAGAAUCCAGGGUGUGAAGCUGAUUUCACGGAACCAAAUCGCCACGAAACGAUUGGUGGAUAAUCUUGGAUCCAAAGUACAGCAGUGUUUGGCGAAGGCGAUGUCGUCGUGUGUGGAUAUCAAGGACAGAGAGUCAUGCCUCCUGACAGCCGCGUCGUUUUUCUUUAUUCGUGUGCAUAAUUUCUCGGCAUACGGCGGCAUGAGACAUGGAAGGAAAUUUAUGGAGGCAUGGUACUCCACGGUGGAUUCAAUCAAUAAAUGCAUCGAACUAGAUCCGAUUAGCGCACGACUACGUGUGAAGGAUCAACAUCUCAACCGAAAUAUUCAGGCAGAGUCGAAUAUCAGUUGCACAAGGAACAAUUUGGAAUCGGAUCAGCAAAGGUCACAAGCCAGAACCCAGAGCAAUCAAGGAAAGAGGUCACUCGAGCAUCAGCUAGAGUAA